AUGGGGAAGAAGAAGAAGAGGGCAUCGUCGAAGAUGUGGUGCUAUUACUGCGACAGAGAGUUCGAGGAUGAGAAGAUAUUGGUGCAGCAUCAGAAGGCCAAGCACUUCAAGUGCCAUGUAUGCCACAAGAAGCUCUCCACCGCCGGUGGCAUGGUCAUUCACGUCCUCCAGGUUCACAAAGAGACCGUCAACAAGGUGCCAAAUGCAAAACCUGGUAGAGAAUCAACUGACAUUGAAAUAUAUGGAAUGCAAGGGAUCCCCCCUGACAUCCUGGCAGCUCACUAUGGAGAGGACGAUGAAGAUGCCCCAUCAAAAGUGGCCAAAGUAGAUAUACCUCCCACUCAGACAGUUGGUGGUGUAGUGCCAGGAUCAUUAGGUGUUGGAUAUCCUCCUCAAUCAACUUUUGGCAUGAUGCAGUCAGUGUAUGUUGUCUUAUAAAAUGUCUAAGAUCUUUAUGCUUGUAUCCGUGCCCCCAUUUUAUGUUUUGAAAAAGUUAAAAUAUGUGUAUUGGUUGAGAAGCUUGGCUUAGAGUGAAUUCUUAAGUGCACUCUUGUAGUUUUAUUUAUCCCUUUUUUGAGAUAUGUAUAAAUGGUUGCACUAUUAUACUAACAAGUUUAAGAUGACUGUUUUGAGACCUUGGGUUAUCUUCAUUCAUCUCAUAUGCAAAUACAAUAGAAUUGUGUUCCACAUGAUUCACUCUUGAUCAAUAGCAUAGGUACUCACCUUCCUGUUUUCUUUCCAUAAAAGAAGACG